ACGAUUCCUGUCUUUUUCAGGAACUUGCCAUUUGGAUUGUCUCCUUUCUGAACUGGGCAGUUUUACACAGAUCGGACCAUUAGUUAUUUUUGUUGCUCUCCACUUUUAAAAAAUUAUUUUUGAGUUCCCAAGUAUUUAAAGCUGAGGAUAUUGGUCACCAGGAUAUUGCCUGGCUAGGUUUCGGCAUUGUGCCCGAAUUUGUUGGGCCUCUCAGGGCCUGAGUUCUCUGUGCUUUAACAAAUGAGGUUCAGCUCUCAAGAGGGUCAGUGAAGCCUGUUUGUUGAUCUGAAUUCUCAUCUACAGGAAGUAGAUCUUUGAGAAUGUCUAAGGAAGGGGUGUUUGUGAACCGAAGUUUAGCCAUGGAAAAAAUUAAGUGUUUUGGGUUUGAUAUGGAUUAUACACUCGCAGUAUACAAGUCCCCGGAGUACGAGUCCCUUGGAUUUGAGCUCACCGUGGAAAGACUGGUUUCUAUUGGCUACCCCCAGGAGCUGCUUAGCUUUGCUUAUGAUUCUACAUUUCCUACCAGGGGACUUGUUUUUGACACACUGUAUGGAAAUCUUUUGAAAGUUGACGCCUAUGGAAACCUUUUGGUCUGUGCACAUGGAUUUAACUUCAUAAGGGGACCAGAAACAAGAGAGCAGUAUCCAAAUAAAUUUAUCCAACGGGAUGACACGGAGAGAUUUUACAUUCUGAAUACACUUUUCAACCUGCCAGAGACCUACCUGUUGGCCUGCCUAGUAGAUUUUUUUACUAAUUGUCCCAGGUAUACCAGCUGUGAAACAGGAUUUAAAGAUGGGGAUCUCUUCAUGUCCUACCGGAGUAUGUUCCAAGAUGUAAGAGACGCUGUGGAUUGGGUUCAUUACAAGGGCUCCCUCAAGGAAAAGACAGUUGAAAAUCUUGAGAAGUAUGUAGUCAAAGAUGGGAAACUGCCUCUGCUUCUGAGCCGGAUGAAGGAAGUAGGGAAAGUAUUUCUUGCCACCAACAGUGACUAUAAGUAUACGGAUAAAAUUAUGACUUACCUGUUUGAUUUCCCACACGGCCCCAAGCCUGGGAGCUCCCACCGACCCUGGCAGUCCUACUUUGACCUGAUUUUGGUGGAUGCACGGAAACCACUAUUUUUUGGAGAAGGCACAGUACUGCGCCAGGUGGAUACUAAAACUGGCAAGCUGAAGAUUGGCACCUACACUGGCCCCUUACAGCAUGGCAUUGUCUACUCAGGAGGUUCAUCUGAUACAAUCUGUGAUCUGUUGGGCGCGAAGGGCAAGGACAUUUUAUAUAUUGGAGAUCACAUUUUUGGGGACAUUUUAAAAUCAAAGAAGCGGCAAGGAUGGCGAACUUUCUUGGUGAUCCCAGAACUUGCCCAGGAGCUGCACGUCUGGACUGACAAGAGUUCACUUUUUGAAGAGCUUCAGAGCUUGGAUAUUUUCUUGGCUGAACUUUACAAGCAUCUUGACAGCAGCAGCAAUGAGCGUCCAGACAUUAGUUCCAUCCAGAGACGCAUUAAGAAAGUAACUCAUGACAUGGACAUGUGCUAUGGCAUGAUGGGAAGCCUGUUCCGUAGCGGUUCCCGGCAGACCCUCUUUGCCAGUCAGGUGAUGCGUUACGCUGACCUCUAUGCAGCUUCCUUCAUCAAUCUGCUCUAUUACCCGUUCAGCUACCUCUUCAGAGCUGCCCACGUCUUGAUGCCUCAUGAAUCAACAGUGGAGCACAUACAUGUAGACAUCAAUGAGAUGGAGUCUCCCCUGGCCACCCGGAACCGCACAUCUGUGGAUUUUAAAGACACCGACUACAAGCGGCACCAGUUGACACGGUCGAUUAGCGAGAUUAAACCUCCCAACCUCUUUCCAUUGGCACCCCAGGAAAUUACACACUGCCACGAUGAAGAUGAUGAUGAGGAGGAGGAAGAGGAAGAAUAAAAAAGAAAACCAAAACUAAGCACCCAUGAAACUUUCAGCAGGACUCACAGGAGCAAAGGGUGUCCCUGUUUGGGUUCUA